CAACCCUGCCGUGCACACGCAGCCCCUCCAGCAGAAAUUGUUCUCCCCGCAACUCGUCCCCGGGGCCCACGCAGGAGCCUGGGAGAGGGCCCUGGCGGCGGGGACAGCCGUGUCCGCCGGGCCCGGGGGAGCGGCCGCCCCACCCGUCGGGGCGGGCUCGGGCAAGCCAGGUGAGGCGGGCCCGGCCUGCCUCUCCCUCCUGCCGCAGCCUCCUGCCCUCGCUGCCGGCCGGCGCUGCGCUGGGGGUGCCGGCGGCAUGGCGGAGUCCCAGGUGCUGCUGCUGGACGAGCUGCACGUCAACGAGAAGGUGACAGAGGCCCAGGCCCGCUUCUACUACAGCGAGGAGCAGCGCCGAGCCCUGGAGGCGCUGGUGACCCGCGGCGAGGCCGCGUACCGGGAGGCGCUGAGGAAGGAGCAGCUCCGCGAUUUCCUCUCCGGCCGGGAGCUGCAGGACCUGCGGGGCGGCUGGCGGGGCUACGACGACCCCCGUGAGGGCGGCAAGGUGGCGCGGGGGCCCGGCGGCGAGACCCUGUCGCUGGCCUACUGGCCCGAGUGCUCGGACACUGAGGUGCCCCCACUGGACUUGGGCUGGACCGACAAGACGUUCUACCGUGGCAUCAGCCGGGUGUCCCUCUUCACGCACCCGCGCAAGGAGGAGAGCGCGCCGCACCUGAAGGAGGUGGUGCGGGAGAUGAUCCAGCAGGCGCAGAAGAUUAUUGCGGUGGUCAUGGAUGUAUUUACGGACCGGGACAUCUUCCGCGACAUUGUUGAUGCAGCGUAUAAGCGCUGGAUCCCAGUCUACAUCAUCCUGGAUGAGGAGGGGGUCAAGCUCUUCCUGGAAAUGUGCAAAUGCCUUGAGCUCAGUGACUUGCAGAUCCGGAAUGUCCGCAUACGCUCUGUGACAGGAGUUGGGUUCUACAUGCCAUCAGGGAAGAUCAGAGGCACGCUGGCAUCCCGAUUCCUGAUGGUGGAUGGUGAAAAGGUGGCCACUGGAUCAUACAGCUUUACAUGGACUUCAUCUCACAUUGACAGAAACAUCCUGCUAGUCUUGACGGGACAGCACGUGGAGAUGUUUGACAUUGAGUUUCGUGAGCUCUACGCCAUCUCAGAGGAAGUUAAUUUAUACAAGGAACUGGGUAUUGCUAACCCAUUCCUCCAUGGAAUUGGAAAGCCAGGCUUUCAUUCCUCCACCGUGGCUCGGAAGUUCAUUAACCCAAAGUAUGGUCUAGUAGCAGGGGCAACCCGUGGUGAUAUGAUGCUCUGGGCUUCACGGCACAGGCAAGACAAUCAGGGAAACAUGGAAAAGGAGGAAACAAGUGAGUCAAAGAAACGGUUAAAUCAGUUCCUGAAUGACUUAGUCACAUUGGAGCAAGUGUUCCCAGAAAUAGAUCCACCUCUGGAGAACUUGAACAAGCUGAAUCGGAGCCCCCAGAAACUGUUGUCCCGGCUCCACAUGGACCUGAAAAACAAAUCCAAAUCCAGAGAGUCUAUUCGUGACAUAAAGAAAGAAGAUGCACAGAACAAUGCAAAGCAAGGGAAACGGUUUGCCAGUGGGCUUUUCAGUCGCAAGGCCAAGCGGUCUCCAGGCUCAAGCAUUGAGGCCAAUUCUUUUGCGAGUGAAGGACAUUCAGGAGAAGACCUUGGCAACAUGAAACUGGAGUAUGAGAGGCUCAGCAUUGGCCAUGCUAGUGUUCGGAGUGCUGGAGGCAACUCAGGUAACCUGAAUCCAAACUCCACUAUGAGCGAUAAAAACAAACAAUCUACCUGUGUGUUAUCUUGAUUGGGAAGGAUUGUCCGGAGAACUAAAGACUGAAUCUCAAGCUGGAACAGUAACUUCUUGAUUGAUGUUGAACCUACAGCCAUAUCCUCAUGCAGUGACCUGUAAAGGCACUGUGGGUCCUGGAUGCAUCUGGCACCCCUGGCUAAAGCACAUUUACUGGGUGAUGAGCAGACUUUGGAUAGUUGGUCCCUUAAAUGAGGGUUAGUGAUGAAUGUAUUAGUCCAUAUGUCUAUGUGCACACAUAUUUUGUAUAUAAAAACAACUGUGAUGACUGGUCUCAGAGCUCACUCUGUGCCCAGAGAAAUGCAGGAGAUUAUCUGACUUACUUGUGCUGCUACUUUGGUCUGUCUAGCUGCAGACUUGGAAUCACUGUGUUGCAUUGUUUACUCUACUGCACUGCAAAAAUGUAUUGAUCUGACUGGCUGUAAGGCUGAAUCCAAUUGAAGUGGCAAAUUCUGGGUGAUGUUUUAGGGAUGUUUACAGACAGUGGAGCAAUCCUUUGUCCAUAAGGAGUCUUCCUGUAGAUUCCUGUUGUCACUUGCCCAGGCAGAAAUGAGCAGUCUGGGAGAAGGGUUUAGAUAACAGUCGCCUACAGAGCAGUAUCAGAACUGUUUCACCUCAUAAAUGUAGCAGUCGAACAAAGUGAUUUAGCAAGAAUGUGGCAAAGAGGAAAAAUGGAAUAUAGGGUAAUGUUUAACAUACACUUGAGACUGGGUCAGGAGAAAUGCCUGAUAAGGGGCCUGGGCAGGAUCUGGGAGCAAUAACACAGACUUCAGUGGCUGUGAUGAAAUCCCCAUUGUUGCCAAUUCAGCAAUAUUUUUACCAUUCCUGGAAACUGAAUGAUUAAGGAGCCAAACUUUGUGGGUUGAAAGAGAAAGCAGUGGAGGCAUGCAAGCUUUUCAAAUGUCCUUUUUUCUUUUUUUAAAGUUAACCUUUCUAGAAUCUAAAUCAUGCUAAAAUUGAGAGCUUUGAUCCAUAAGAAGCAUUGUGUGCAAUCAGACCAAAGGCCAUCUGAUCUGCUGUUCUGCCUCUGAGAAUAGUCUGUAACAGGUGAUCACAGAAGCAUAAAAUACAAGGCUUGUAUAUACAGAGGUCUUUCUCUGACACCAUUCCAGCAGUCUAUGGACUUUCUCAGCUUUCUGGCAGUUCCUUCUGGACCUGGUCUUAGUGAAUGCACUUAGUCCCUUUCUAAAAAUCCUUUUUUACUUUUGGCCUCCCAAGUGUUCUGUGGCAACAAACCCUAAAUUCAAUGAUGGUACAAAAAAGAACUGUUGUCAGGAUGUUUUAAUGGUUUCCUUGAUGAUUACCUCCUAGCUACUGUGGGAUCUGACUGGCAUUUCUGUCCUCUUGUUCACUAUCCUUUUUCCAGUUCUGCUCACUAACAGAGUGGAUAAACAGAUUGUUUUUGUCUCUACAGUGGGCAGAUUGACAUUUCACUCUGCUUUCUUGCCAUUUAAAUUACAUAUCCUGCUGUCAUAAGUAAAUCCUCUUGUGAAACCUAAAAAAAUUAGAUCCUAGUUAUUAGAAGAGACCUGAAAACUAACAUGCCUACUUGCAAAAAAA